UAUCUGGCAACACUUUAGACAAGAUGUCACGCCUCAAACAAAUCCAUCUCAAAUCGAAUUGGAAUGGAAUAUUGAAUAAAAAUUAAAUUCUAUAUUGAAGAAUUAUGUAUAGUGUUAAUGGAUUGCUCAAGUUUGUAAUUAUCAGUUGCGCUUAGUUCCUGUGUGGGAUCAGCGAAGGAUUAACAUAACGAAGCAGGCGAAAUCCCGGAAGAUGUGUUCUGAACCGUUACCAAAAGAGUUCGAAAAGACCUCUGAUGUUUUACCAUUUACAAAAUAUGGAGUGUCUACGUUGGAUGAGUUCAAAAAGGCUGAAGAAACAGUGCACCAUUUGGAAUGGCUAAAGAAAGUGGGUUUAACGAAUGAGGAAAUAAAACUGUAUCAAGAUGAUGUAGCAGGGCUUCUAGAUCAGCGGCAGAAGAUAGAAUCCGGUGUUUUGAAUAGCCAAUUAGAGGCGAUAAAUAACAAAAUAAAUGAUUAUCAGAAUAAAGCAGGAAGUUCAGAUCAGUGUGAUAACCAACCAAGCACCUCAAAACAACAGGAAACAGGCGAUAUUUUACAAAGAAUACAUAAGAAACCAAUAAAAUUCUACCCAGAAGGCCAUCCUAUGCAUGAAAUAAAAGAUAUAGAGGAUAAUCUAUUUGGCCAUUUGAAAGAUGACAAUAUAAUCCCUAUUACUAAGCGUCGGAAAAUCUUACGGCGACUGGAACGUAAGAAAGAAAGAGUGCUUUUGCAAAGUAUAGGAGUUGGUACUGUACCUAAUGUGUCCAAGCCUCCAAAGCCAGGCAGCUUGUGGGAUGUUGCAGAAGUCCCAAACCGAGUCAAACCGGAAACUUCAAAAAGCAAUCAAAUAAUUGGACCUAAGAAACAGACUAUGUAUACUGUUAAAGACAACAAGAUCAUGCGGCUAGAGCCUGUGCGGCAAGAGGAGAGGCCCGAUGAGUAUCAGGCAGUGGAUAUUGUGGUGCCUGUCAAUGCCGUAGAGGAGCAUUUGUUGGAGGGAACUAAAAUGUGUGUUGAUGAUAUUAAGAAGAUUGAGAGGUUUAAAGAUUAUGAGCCAGGGAUACCUUCUAAGGUACUCUACCUGAAGAAUAUCGCCCCAGCAGUGACGCAAGAGCAGCUGUCUCUCCUGUUCAACCAGUUCGUGCUGGACAACGGCGGGCCCGUCGACAUUCGAUUGAUGACCGGACGGAUGAGGGGACAGGCGUUUGUGGCGUUUCAAAAUGAAGACGUGGCGAUACAGGCGAUGCAGGAAGUGAACGGCACCAUCCUGAGCGGGCGGCCCGUCAUCGCGCAGUUCGGCCGCAGCAGCAACCGGGUGGACGACAGAUAAACCGGAUACAACUACUUUUACAAACACACUUCUUAUCAACCGAACGUUAUUGUGAAAUUAGGUGCACUUUCGUGUUGUGUACUUACAUUUUGUUAGAUUCGUCUAAGCCAACUUCUCCAUUGAAUUGGCAGGGAAAAAAAGUGGGAAAGUCCUUGCUACGUCAGUAAAGAGUUUGGACUAACAAUACCAUGAGUAUUAUUGGUCCAAUGUUCAUAUUUGGCAGAAAAUUUACAUUUACUUUUUAUGAAUUUGAACUAAUUCAUGGUAGGUUAAAUUCUUUAGACUUAAACGUGUGCAUAAAGCUUGGUCAGUGAAAAUCGAGAAAGGUUAAAGAUUAACCUUUAAAAAGUGUGAUUUUAAAAGUAGAUUGAUAAACAAUACUAGCAUAUAGGAGGUCAAGUUUCACAUACUUUCCAACCCUUAAUUACUAAUGAUUUCUUGUGCACGAUCAUGUCCUACAAAAAUAACAAGUGAUUAACCAUUUACAACUUUAAACACCUUUUUAUACGCUACUAUUGUUUAUUAUACAAAUCGUCGAUAAAUACAUUACAAAAUGUCUAACUUACUUUAAAGUAUUGAUGUUUAAGUCAGGGAUUCACGUGGGGGAUACAAUAUCCCGUGAAUUCCUGAUUUAAUUUUAUUUAUUACUUACUCUAAAUCAAGAUAAAAUUAUCAUAUUUUGUAUAUAAGAAUUACAUUUCUAAGCACUCUCCAA